AUGGCUGACGGGGGAGAUGAAGCAGGCCCUAGUUCGGGAAGGCGACAACGUCUUACAGCCCAACAAGCCCUUGGUUUGUUCCAAACUCUUGCCAGUGAUGACAACUUAGCGAGUGAAAGGGAAGUAGAAUUUAGUGAUGGUGGUUCUGACAGUGAUGGCGAGCGGAAUGCCAUGAACUUUGAGUCUGAUACUAUGGGCCUUGAAGUUAGACCUAGUGUUAGCAACUACUGGUCAACAGAAGAAAUCAUGUACAAUGCUUUCUAUCACAUCAUGUUUCGAAGAGAACGAUUCGAAAGCAUUUACCACACCAUGCUUCACUGCUCUGAUCCAGACAGUGAGAACAAACACAAAAUAGAACUGCUCAUUGAUGCUGUCAUGGAGGCCUCCAGAGAAGCAUUCUACCCGUUCCAAAAUUUGUCUAUUGAUGAAAUGGUCGUGGGCUUUACUGGACGAUGGAAGUUCAAACAAUACAAUCCGUCGAAACCCAAAAAAUAUCACAUCAAGACGUUUGGACUGGUCGACUCCACUAAGGGCUUUGUCUUACGUGUUUUCCCUUACUUUGGGAGACAUACGUCCUACAACCCUGCACUGGAUCAUAACUCUGGCAUGGCCAUCAAAGUCUUUGAUACGCUCCUGAAAGAUGUAUUACACGACAGAAGCCUGGUCGGGUACCUUUCAGGCCGGUCGCUGUACUACACUGGUACUCUGAACCUGAACAGGAAAUAUUUCCCACCUCAGCUGAAAAACAUCAAAACGAUGAAGCACAUGGAGGCAAAACACUACCUGCGGAAUGGCGAAUCCAUGCUCGUUACAGCGUGGAAGGACAAAAAGGCUAAAAAUCCUUGUGUUGUUGUGUCAACCAAAGCAGAAAAAUCCUUCUACACCAAUGCAAAGAACAAGACAAAGCCAACAGUUGUGAACAACUACAACAUGUCCACGGGUGGCAGCGACAAAGUCGAUCAAAGGGUCACGUACUACAGCAACACCGACCGAAAAUCGUACAAAUGGUGGAAAAAGCAGGGGUUUUUUUUUGGAUUUUCGAAAUUGCGCAGAACAAUGCGUUUGUUCUCUAUGCUCUUACGAGAGAACAGGGAACAGCAAAGAUGA